AUUUUUCCCGGUUUCGUCAGUCCAUGACCUGUACUAAAAAUUUGCGAGGAGCCGCAUUGUAGUCCAUAUACCCAAAUUUAAUGGACGUGUAAUUUAAAUCGCAUAAUGUCGUUCGUACCAAAGUUGUUAUUUUGCCUAUAUUUCGGUCAGGCACUAAAUCAAUCGCCUUGAUAACGGCUAUGCUAGCGCCAACUGUCAGAUGUUCCUUGACAUUUUUCAGCUACAGUGUGACACCUCUUCCUAAACACAGACGAUCUUUAGCUGAGUCCUGGUACAAGGUGGGGCAGAGAGUCUCCUGGUCAACUUGUAAAAGUUGAUUGUGUGUCGUUGUAUGGCGGACUUGUGAGCGAAACAAAGGAAAACACAUUAGCUGGUCUUCAACAGUCGGGCAGAGCUGUGAGCUGCUGGACUAACAAAUUUUAGAGUCAUGGCCUCUGGCAAGAACAAGAACCAGACCUCUCUGGCUCUCCACAAGGUGAUCAUGGUGGGCAGCGGCGGCGUGGGGAAGUCCGCCCUCACCCUGCAGUUCAUGUACGAUGAGUUUGUGGAGGACUAUGAGCCCACCAAGGCAGACAGCUACAGGAAGAAGGUGGUCCUGGACGGCGAGGAUGCCCAGAUCGACAUCCUGGACACAGCGGGUCAGGAGGACUACGCUGCCAUCAGGGACAACUACUUCCGCAGCGGGGAGGGCUUCCUACUGGUUUUCUCCAUCACAGAGCACGAGUCCUUCACAGCCACGUCCGAGUUCAGGGAUCAGAUCCUGCGGGUGAAGGAGGAGGAGGCGAUCCCUCUGCUCCUGGUGGGGAACAAGUCUGACUUGGAAGAGCGACGGCAGGUUUCUGCGGACGAGGCCACAGCGAAGGCGAGUGAGUGGGGGGUCCAGUACGUGGAGACCUCAGCUAAGACGAGAGCCAAUGUCGACAAGGUGUUCUUUGACCUCAUGCGGGAGGUUCGCAAGAAGAAAAUGUCAGAGAGCAAAGAUAACGGCCCCAGUGGCAAGAAGAAGAAGAAGCACUGCUGCAUACUUUAACCUCGCAGUCGCAGCUGGGUCGGCACUGUGCCAGUCACACGAACUGAACUGAGCAGUGGAGUGCUGCACAGUCCAGACACCAACAGGGACUCUGAUUCCUCACCUGCUCACUUCUUUGACCAUUUAUUUUUUUCACCCUGAAUAGGUGUUACCUCUAAAUACACAGAAUUUGAGGCCAUAUUUACCAGAGAAAUCUCACUGCCAUCGUUGUAUGCUUGAUUCUGCUUCCUCUACAGAGACUGUGGAGCCACAUGACUGUCAGGCCAAAGUAUGUGGAUGGCACUUUCCCUGGAUAUUCCUCCACGUUUGUGUGUCUGUGCCAGUGUUUCAGCAGAGAGUGAUUUGAUAAUGUGACAUGCCUUCAAAGUGACACUGAAUCUGAUGUGAUCAGACCCUGUAGUUAGCCUGGAGAUCAUUUUUAUCAUACAGUGCAUUGCAGCCCCAAAAACAUCUACAUACUUAGGAUCACAUAGCGUGCAUGUUCAUGUUUCUUUUGUUUUCCUGCAGACCACAAAUCCACAGUUUUACAACUGAGUUCAGGCUGUUGAUGUCUAAACCAAAGAGAUGAAGCCUUAAUAGGAAGCUUGCACUUGAUUGUCGUGGAUGUGUCAAUCUCCAAGUCUGAAUAGACCCUCUGAAGGAGUCACUUUGGGUCUGGCAUCAGCUUCUUCUGCAGCUGAUGUGGGAUGUUUUGUUAUUGAUCUAGUUUGGUUUUUGUCAGAAGCCAAAAGCUUUGAUCCCAAGUUUUCAGACCAUUCCUGAUAUCUAAUUAUUCCUAUUCCCGACUCUCCGUUUGUACGAGUUUCACCUCUCUGACACAUAAUGUAUAAUCAUGUUAAACAGAAUCUGCUAUUUAAAUCGCUGCAUUCUCCAGUCUGUUGUAUUUAUGACACUUGUGGUUUGGAUGUUUCAGGCUGCAAUGUGUGUUGCUGUCGACUUGCACAAACUUCAUUUGAUAAUAAAAGAGACAGAUUGAUUCUUGGUUCAUCGUUUGUGGUGAUUCUACAGGUUUGACUGAGCCUCCCUUACGUGGCCCUGACCUGUGUUUGUUGAUUCUUUAUUCAAAUGUAUCAAGCUGCAUCAUUAUCCAUGCAAACAUUGUUAACAGCUCAAGGGAGAAAAGGACAAAUGUAAAAUAAUUUGCCAAAUAGUUUAGUCUGUUUAUAUAAUUUGGGAUCAACAAGAGAGAAAAUAGUGCAAAUUUGCAUGUUUAAUUAUUUCCAAUCAAUUAGCAUUAACCUAGUGAGUCACUAAUUUAAAAAAGUGAAAGUCGUCCACAAACGUCUACAAUUCAAUACACUUGGAGAAAAAGUUAGAGAUUUAUGGAGCUCACUACACAGACGGUUCUUCAUAAUACAGUGAUGCUCGUACAUCAGUUUUGUUCUUAGUAUUAAAUGUCGUGUAUAAAUAAAAUUCUGUUGAAAAGCCAUUAAUGUCGUAAAACUUGCAGUUAUGAGGUGAGAUUGAUAA